CCACCUAACAUAAUCUAUGAUCAGCUCGGUGUGUGUCUCAUCUUACCGUGGGCGCAAAUCGGGGAACAAGCCACCCUCUAAAUCAUGCCUGAAGGAAGAGAUGGGCAAGGGGGAAGAGUCGGACAAGAUCACCAUCAAUGUGGGGGGGACCAGGCAUGAGACCUACAAGAGCACGCUGCGCACUUUGCCCGGCACCCGGCUGGCCUGGCUGGCUGACCCCGAUGCCCAGAGCAACUUUGACUUUGAUGGGCAAACCAAUGAGUUCUUCUUUGAUCGCCACCCAGGCAUCUUCUCCUAUGUGCUGAACUACUACCGCACAGGCAAGCUGCACUGCCCCGCCGACAUCUGUGGACCCCUCUUCGAGGAGGAGCUCACCUACUGGGGCAUUGACGAGACCGACGUGGAACCCUGCUGCUGGAUGACCUACCGCCAGCACCGCGAUGCUGAGGAAGCCCUGGAUAUCUUUGAGAGCCCGGAGCCGGGAGCUGGGGUGGCUGGCGAGGAGACUGAGGACGAAGGGGCCAGGGAGAUGACCCUUCAGCGCCUGGGUAUGGAUGACAGGCCGCCUGGAGCUUCUGGGGCCGUUGGUGGAGGAGGAGGCUGUUGCCGCAACUGGCAGCCCAAGAUGUGGGCACUCUUUGAGGAUCCCUAUUCAUCCAGGGCAGCCCGGGUAAUUGCCUUUGCCUCACUUUUUUUCAUUCUGGUGUCCAUAACAACAUUCUGCCUAGAGACACAUGAAGCCUUCAUCAUAGAUGUUAAUGUGACUGAAACGCUGGUGGUGGGCAACACGACAGAGGUCCUUGUGAUGCGCAAGAUGGAGACAGAGCCCAUCCUCACUUACAUUGAGGGAGUCUGUGUUCUGUGGUUCACUUUGGAGUUUUUAGUGCGCAUUGUUUGCUGCCCAGAUAAAUUGGUAUUUGUUAAGAACCUUCUUAACAUCAUCGACUUUGUAGCCAUCUUGCCCUUCUACUUGGAGGUGGGACUCAGCGGCCUAUCAUCCAAGGCUGCACGGGAUGUGCUGGGUUUCCUGAGGGUAGUGCGUUUUGUUCGGAUCCUCCGGAUCUUCAAGCUGACACGCCACUUUGUGGGGCUUCGGGUGCUGGGCCAUACACUCCGGGCCAGCACCAAUGAGUUUCUCCUUCUCAUCAUCUUCCUGGCUCUUGGGGUUUUGAUCUUUGCCACCAUGAUCUACUAUGCUGAAAGGAUUGGAGCCAAGCCAUCUGACCCUCGUGGAAGUGAACACACUCACUUUAAGAAUAUUCCCAUUGGAUUCUGGUGGGCAGUAGUGACUAUGACGACACUGGGCUAUGGUGAUAUGUACCCCAAAACCUGGUCAGGCAUGCUGGUGGGGGCUCUUUGUGCCUUGGCUGGUGUCCUCACCAUUGCCAUGCCAGUCCCAGUCAUUGUCAACAACUUUGGAAUGUAUUAUUCAUUGGCCAUGGCCAAGCAGAAGCUCCCAAAGAAAAAGAAGAAGCACAUACCACGUCCAGCACCACUGGACUCUCCAACAUAUUGCAAGUCAGAGGACAACUCGCCUCGCAACAGCAUUCAAAGUUAUAACAGCCCCCUGGUGGCAGCAACAGCAGCAGGGGUGGUGGAGAGAAAAAGAUCAGACACCAAGCAGAAUGGCGAUGCGAACGUGGUGCUGUCAGAUGAAGAGCAGCCUCUUUCAUCAUCGAAUGAGGAGAAGCAGCCCAUGAGGCGCUCCAGUACCAGGGACAAAAACAAGAAAGCAGGCACCUGCUUUCUUUUGAACGCUGGAGAUUUCUCUUGUGCUGCUGAUGGUGGCAUCCGGAAAGGCAGACAGCCCACCUGAAACAAGUGGCAGCAGGGGGAUAAGACUCUUGGAGUUCAAAUGGCUGGUACUUCCAGUGUGGCACACUCUUCCUCUUCUCUGCUUAGAACACGUUUUGAUCUGGUUGGUGUGGAGUUACCUAUAAGAAUACAGAACAACAGUUCCCUGACGAAGCAUGGACAGAUGCUAUGGAAGGCUUACAGAGCAAAGUUUAUGUCAUGACUGAGCCAUAGCUCUGCAUCACGAUCUCCAUAAGUAGCUGUCUGUGUGCAGCCAUGGGACAUUCACCCCUCUCUCACAGACCAACCAGCUGUUUCUAUCACUGUGGCAACUGUGACUUCAGUAUGAUGUACCUAUCUGAUAGUUACUGUGACCAUGGGCGUAGCUAGUGGAGAGGGGGCCCGUGUUCAUCCCUCUCUCUGGCAGUCCCCCAGAGUGAGGGAGAUAAUGAAGAUAAUACGGAGAGGUGGAGGUGGAGGGCCCUCAGGAGCUGAGGGCCCGUGUUCUUUGAACCCUUUUGUUCAAUUAUAGCUACGCCCCUGACUGUGACAUUGUUUUGGAAUCCAUGUGACAGGAAAGACUUCUAACACUCCAUAGGAAGCUACUUUAUACCAAAUCAGACCAUUGGUCCAUCUAGCUCAGUAUUGUCUAUGCUGACUAGUCAUGGCUCUCCAAAGUUUCAGGCAGGAAUUUCCCAGUCCUACCUGGAGCUGUCAGGAAUUGAACCUGGGACCUUCUGCAUGCAAAGCAGAUGCUCUACUACUGGGCUACAGCACCAUAACCUAAAAAGAAUAUCUUACAGCAGAAAGAGCUCACGUGUUGUCACCCAUCCAAAUGCAAAUUAGGGCAGAACCUGGUUAGCAGAGGGAACAGUUCAUGCUCACUAGCACAAGACUAGUUCUCAUCUCCAUACUUUAAGCAGCCAUCUUGUUGUCCAUUGUUCUGCUGGUGUUUCCCACAAAAAGACACAAAGUGUGCACAACAGAUAAAACUGAACUAGCCAUCUGCAUGCAUCAUGGAGCUGUAGCUCAGUCAAGGCUCCUAGGCAUAUGUAUGUGGAUGUUAAAAGACACAUUCUUCUUUUCAGACUCUAUGCAUUUGCAGUGGGAAACACCAAUAUAACUGCAGCAAACAAGACUGCUGUAUAAUGUGUGAAGCUGCUCUUUAAUUGAUUGGCAACCUUCACCAAAACCCACAGUCCUAUCUAUACAUUAAGGACAUUCACAUGACCUUUACGUGGAGCAGGGGGGCAGGCAAGGUUGAACCUACCUUUCCGCCCCAGAAAAUUUUCCUACUCUUGUGGAUUGCGCAGAUCGUGUGCCCACACAAGCUGCACCGCUCCUGGCAGUGUGGUGUUUUGGAGGCUGGGUGAACGCAGCCUGGCCUCUGGUUAUCCCUCAUUGGAUAAUCCCCUCAAAUGAGGGAUUUCCCUGCAAGCAGCCCGAGCAGACACACGACCAGGAACCCAGGGAGAAGGGGUUCCUGGGUAAAAGGCUGGCGGAAACCUGGUAGGGCUGGGAUCAGCUUUGAUCCCGGUGCUUCACACAAGCAACCCUAUCCAGUUAAGGCUGUGCAAGUCUGGGUAGGGCUGCUCAUGUGAACAGCUGUAUUGUCUACAUCUCUACCAUACUCAUAUAGGCAUAUUCUUUCUCUCUUCCUUCCUCCAUAUCUAGCUCUAUCAGCAUUAGCACAGGCCAGUCCCAAAACAGAAGUUACUGCUUUUGAUGGCAGGGGAGGAGGAGACUGGACAGUGGUCUUGUUAUGCUUCUUCCCUGGCCAGAAAUGCCAAAUUUACCAUUGCCAUCUCCCAUGCAGUAUGAGACAAUGCCUUUCAGCAUCUUCCUAUAUCGCUGCUGCCCGAUAUAGUACCAGCGGGGAUUCGAACCAGCAACGUUCUGCUUGUCAGUCAAACAUUUCCCCGUUGUGCCACUUGUAUUUAAUGGCAAAUGCCCACCUUAAGAGUGACCUAUGACAGAAAUACUUCAGCAUAAAUGUAGACUUAGCAAGAUUCAAGCUCAGCCCUAAUGAGAAAAUAAAUGGAAGAAACUGAUCUGCAUCUCCAGGAAAACACUCAAUUAAGGCAACAAAAUUAAACCAAGAGACAUUAGUUGUAGUGAUGUCAUGCCUGAAAAAUUUCAGUACAUUUUUUUGUAAUCUGUCAGAAAUUUUAAAAUAACCUUUCAAUUCUGAAAUGCAUAUCAAUGUGUCCAAUCAAGCCCCAAGUAACACUGUUAAAACAAAUCUUGUUUUGGUAUCAAAAGAAUUUUACAAUUCCAGCUUAAGUAAUCCUCAAACUUUAACAUUGCAAUGAAAAGAAAAUCAAACUGGCAUAUAUAUUAAAACAAACAAACAAACAAACAAAAACCAACCCUCCAGGUUAUAAGGCUUGGCACAAAGGCAGCUUUACUAUGUGGUUAUGGUUUUAGGCAGCAGAUCUGAGAACAGCAGAAUCAGAGCAAACAAGGAGGCUAUUCACACACGUGUGCAAAACUGGGUUAAGGGAGUCUAGCCUGGUUUUGUACACGUGCAUGAACUACUGGGAUCGGAAGCAAUCCCGGUGGCACCACAGUGGCAAACCCACUUGUGCAGCCACCCUUCUAAAGGGGGUUAAGAGAGCGAGCACUCGCCUAACCCAGUUUAUCUGAUUGUGUGUCAGCCACAGCUGACAGACUUGGGGAGGGGGAUCUCCAUAAUGCAGCGCCCACUUGCGCGGUGCACUAUUGGAGCUCCAGGCGGUGGGGUGAUGUGAGGCAAUGUGCCCCGGCACUCCGACCCUUGGAGCUACUGGCAGGAGCUGGUGCUCGUCUGGGCAAGCGAUCUGCUCACCCAAGGGAAGCCAUUGGAUCGUCUGCGGGGGAGGUAAGCUCUCCAGGGCUUCCUCCCUGCAAACCCUGCAGUCUUUUCUCACUGCUUCUGAGAAAAGGCUCAAGAAGUUCUAGUAAGAACUAAUCUGCCUACUUUCCUUACACUUUAAUCUUAACUGAUAAUUACCAUCUUCACAAGUUCACCCACUUAUGCCUCAAAUGUUUAGGCAUCCACCAUCUUUAAUUGGAGUGGAUGAUGUCAUCACAAACUAUGUUGUUGAGAUGCCCCAAUGAGGUUAUUCACACAAUCAAAAACUGUUCUACCCAGGCUUGGGAGCUGUGUGUGCUUCCAGU